CAACGAAAAGCAUAUAUAGAGUCGAUAACAAAAUAGACAUAGAUGUGAGAAUAAAGAGAAGCGACAGCAUUAUCUAGCAUUAAUCAGCCAAGUCCUAGAUGCUACAUAUGGAGGGUGAGAAGAAGAGGAAGAGAACUGAAAAGGAUGACGUUACCAAGCAUGAGGUAGAUAUUGCUGUGAAGGAAGAGGAGGAGGAGACAGUGGUGUUGCCGUCACCUUCAGAAGCUGAAGUUGACGAGUUCUUCGCGAUAUUGAGGAGGAUGCACGUAGCGGUGAAAUAUCUACAGAGAAGUGCUCAAAUUCUACCAGCUAACGUUAACGCUCACGGCAGCACGCUAACCGCAUCGCCUGCCGGUGUUGCUGCUGUCGUGCGAAAACGUGGUUUGGACCUCAACACUCUGCCAGACGGCGGAGACUAACGCUGUUUUAAGCUUUGGUUAUAUAGAUAUGCAAGCUUAAUUUGUGCAUUUUCAUCAGUAGUGAUGAUAUGCCGUACAGCUUAAUUAAGCUUUUCGGAGGGCACUGUUUUUCUGAUCAGUUUUGGAGAAUUGGUAACAUAUAUUUCUCCUGUAAUUUUAAAUAGUCCGUACUUAGUAGAAACUAAUGGACUUGUUUGAUCUUUGUUAUCUACUUUGAUUGUCAUUAAAUAUGUAUAAUAAAAACUAUGCAUAAGUU